CAAGUAGCCUCGUGCCUUCCUCGUGUGUUCAACGAGGCCAAGUCAGUUUUUUUUGUUGAACGACUCUUGAAUUCCUCGUUCUCUCCAGGUUGCGGUAUAUACAGCUUGCUGAUAGUAUAAUCAAGAUGGACUCUAGACAAAGCAAUCUUCAUGACAAGCUUUUCUCAAGGGGAAGCGCCACACCUCCACCUUCCUCUCAACCAUUCCCGAUAACUCAGUCUACUAGUUCUACUACUACUACACCUCCAACUACUACCCACCUCGAUUCACUAUUUCAGUCCAUAACAACUCAGCAGAUUCCACACGGAAAUUCUGCACCAGCAACUCCUAGCAUGAUUGCUGAUGAUGACGCCUCGACCCACUCCGCUCCAGUAUCAACUACUCCUGCAGAUAGGCAAAGCGCUCUCCUAUCAUUGUUAUAUCCCGCUGCGACCUCUUUAACUGCUACUCGACCACUCCAACCGUCAUCAGGUCCUAUCAUGCCCCAGCAAGUCCCCUCUCCUCCUGCUUCGUCUAUAAGAUCAGGUCAAUCUCCUUCAAAUACCAGCGAAGCUCAAGGAAAGAUUCUCCUGGAACAGCUCAUGGGCACCGCUCCCCGCUCCAAUUUUUCGGAGCCUGCUCCAGCACCGAUUUCCACUUUGCCGCCUAUGUCUUCCCCGCAGUUCCAGUCCUCCAUGGGGGACAAGUUCCAGCCAUCCCAGUCCUCCAUGGCUGACAAGUACCAUCUCAACGAAGGUUCAUACAUGCCCCAAGAGCCGCCCAGGGAUUCGCCUCAGCACAAUCAACCUGUUCCCCAGCCUCAACAGCCCCAGCAGCAACCCCAGCAGCCCCCCUCUCCCCGCAAGUCCAUGUUUGAUUUCGUUUCUCCCUUUGAUGCUCUUGCCUCUACGUCCGCUGUCAAGAAGAAGCCCGUUCCUGCAGGUCCUGCUAGUGCAUCCAGCACAAACGAGGACUCCUGGACCUCGGCUUCCCUUGGGUCUCUCAACGACCCAAAGCGCAAGUCCGUCGAGAACCUUAUGGACCAGUUGACCAGGUCCCAACAGUCCUACCCCUCAGGGCAGACUUCAUCUCCUACGUACGACCCUUACAGCACCACGGACGAAUAUUCCCAGGUGGAAUCACAGCCGACUCCUCAGCAGCAACCGCUUCAUCCUCGUACUAUGCCCCCACCUCCUCCUCUUCCCCCCAAGCCUGGCCGUUCCGCGUCGCCUCCUAGGGGCUCUCCACCGAAGCCUGCUGCUCAGCAGCCGCGUCCCCACCCACGGCCUGUCGAGUCCCCUCUUGGUCAGGCUCCCAUGCCGCCUGCAAGGCGAGAGAAGGACGGUUCACCUGGUCCUCGUAACACUUGGAAGAAUGAGGGUAGAGGCAAGGGUGCUGCUAAAGGAAAGCCGCAGACAAGCCCAAGCUCGCAACCUCAAACUAUUGUAUUUGAUGUAUCACAGCCGCUGGACGACGUGCAGGCUCCUAGAGAUGCCGUGAAAUCUACCGCCAUUGCUUUGGUCAAGCAGGACUCUGUGUUCUUGCCUGGUACGACCAUUGGUGCUACCCAUUGGAUUGCGUAUGCCAUGACCAAGGGUCGCGUUCGUGUUAUCUCGCGGUCAAGCGGUGAUCGCACUCUUCUUCAGCUGCCCACGGUCUUUGCGCCUUCGACGUCGGUCAUCGACAUGGCUGUGUACGGUAACAGGCUGGCGGGCGUCACCUCUGACGGUGGCUUUGUGGUGUGGGAACUCCCCGAGGUUAUCACAGAUGAUGUGCCUGGGCGACUUUUGUUGUGUAUCGUUCCCAGCGCUGAUGCCGACCCUCUGCACUCCGUGAAAUGGCACCCGAAGCAACCUGAUACUCUGGCAGUUGCAUCUGAGACGAAAAUGUAUCUACUUGAUCUAGCGGACGCUGCGCGUACUUUCAGGGGAGAGCCUUUGCCGCAAGUUGAAUUGAAUCGUAUUUCCCAAGUAUUUUCCGUGCCAUCACGCCUGGUUGCGUUUGAUUUUGAUGUUCCUCAUUUUGCAUUGGCUACUAUCUCUGAGGACUCCACGCUCACUUUGUGGAACGUCCACGACAAGAUGCCCUUCUGGACCCAUCGUGUUCGCGGCGACGAUGUGCCGUCGUCUUUGACUUUCAUUGAUGAUGGAAUUGUCAUCGGGAGGAGGAAUGGCACCGUAUUCCAGCUCUUGUCCGUGAUCACCAAGAAUGUCCUUUCUACAUUCAGGUUCGUCAACGGGAACAAGGAAGACCCUGACAUGUUCGGUCACGUCAACUACGACUCCAGGAUCCAGACGCUCUGGGUUGCGAACAACCGUCGUGACAGUCUCAUCGCACUGCGCGUUGGGUUUGAUGUCUCAGGUUCUCCCUCGGGCGAACUCGUCCGUGGCGGCUUCUUUGAGCAGGUCGUAGAGUUUUCUGGCCCGAAGCCAACAAUUCAUUUCGUGAUUCUCUCGGCCGAUGCGGACCCUACCGGUGAUGAAGCACAUGCAGCUUGCGUUGCUGCUAAACUUCCCCCUGGAGACCUCGCUCUCGUCGCAUUUUCCGUGCACUCGACCGGUGUGGACCAGGUCCUUAUCCGGAAGGAGUGGUACGAUACUGCCGUGUUAAACGCUCUUGCCAAAUUCCCGCCUUACAUGCCUGCGGCCCCCGUGGAAGCAAAAGGCACUCGUCACAUGCCUCCCGCGCCCGUGUCAAUCAGCGGCCCUGCUCCUGUGACACAGCAGUCUGGCCCUAUCAUCGCACCAGGCAGGAGUAGGACACCUCCAUCUGAGGAGCUCGAGCCUGAUAUCGCCCGCGACGAGGUCCGUGCGCACGACACGAAAGGAAAGAACGUGAGAGGCAAGAACGUUGCAUUCAGGGAUCGAGACGCGGCCAAAGAGGCUGAGAAGGCGUUCAAGGGCGAUGCAGGCGCUAGCAGUGACACUGGUAUCGCCCUGGUUGUCACCAAGGAAAUCAAGAAGAGCGAAGAAAGUCUGCACACUCGUAUAGGACGGCUGAUUGGGAAGGAGAUGGAUAAGCAACACCAACGCCUCGAAGAAGCGCGCGCCCAUGAGCAGGCUGAGGAUUUUAAUCGUCAGGAGAAGAUUCUUAAGCUGAUCUCGACGGAGCUUACGAGGAAUACUACGAGGGUUGUGGAGAUGGCUGUCAAGGCUGAAGUGCAAACCUCGGUGUUACCUGCGCUGGAGCAAAUCACGAGGACUGAAGUUCGAGCUGCUCUUAAUGAGCAUGUCGGUCGGGGUCUGACUGAGUUCAUUCAGAACAGCCUUCCGAACGAGAUCGAGAAGCUCCUUUUGCGUCCUGACAUUUCGAACCAUUUCGCUAGCAUUCUCUCGACGAACUUGAACCCUCUCAUUGAGCGUUACAUCAAGGACUCUGUUACCAAGAACAUCAUUCCGACGUACUCCCAACAGACUUCUGCUAUGCACCAGGAUAUCCUUCGGGAGAUGCGGGCUGAGAUUUUGAACGUGAAGAAGGAUUCGAUGACGUGGCAGACUGAAGCUGCGCGGAGUCAGGAAUCCUUAAUCCGGGAACUCGAGCACUCCGUCAGGAUGUUGUCGGACCAAGUCAAGUUCUUAUCAUUGAACUCUGCCGCAAGCCAUCGUAUAACAAGCAGCAGUUCCCCCGCUCCCAGCAUUUCAGGCAUGAGCUCUAUGAGUCAGGGCAUGCAUCGCUCUCAGAACCUUCCUCCUGCAACAACGCAGGCCCCGGUGUAUGGCUCUCAGUCUCUUAGUUCGUUUGUCCAGCCACCACAGCCGUCGCAGAUGCAUGCUACGUGGUAUCCUUCUACGAUCGCCGCGCCGCAAGCGUCGCACCCUAUCGCGCCUCCUCAGCCGCCUCCGCCUCCCUCUCAGCGGUCUCCCCCUGCUCAGCAUGAUGCUUGGGAAGAUACUUAUAUGGCUGUUCUGGGUACGCAAGAUCCGAAGCAGCUUCGGGAGUUACUUGCUCGUUCCAGCCCUGAGGUUGUGAUGCCUAUGGAUAGGAAGGGCCCGUUGUCUAUGGCUGUCAUUUUGUCGAUCUUGCAUCGACUUGCCACUAUCAUCGCGGAGACGCCUCCUGUUGAUGAGGCUUUCAAGUCAUCUCUGUGGUGGAUGCAACGCACUGCUACAGUUUUGAAUGUUAAUGAACCUCUGAUUGCACCAUACGUCGCGCGGGUAUUGCCCAACGUGAAGGCAACGCUAAAUACUACCAAGCAGCGACUUGCGAUUCUCCCCGGUGGACCUCAAACGAUGGACGCGGCACGAACCAUCUCUGAAAUCCAAGAUAUUCUCAACCGCAAAACGGUGUCUGCUCCACAAGGCGGUCUCUGAGAGAACUGCCUUUUUUUGCAAAAGAGAAACGCGAUAUGAUGCGUGACAUUCCUUUGACUCGAUUUACUGGUUUCUCUGCCACGUCUGUUACGAAUACGAAUGCAAAUGCUUUUAGGCUCAUGAAAUUUCUUACGCAUGUUUCGUUUCUUGUUUUUUUGCUGACUGCUAGCGCUGAUUGUUCUCGAUGAUGGCAUACAUACUACCUAGUUAGUACCGUAGUUUGCGCGCUUGUUUUUGUGACUUGUAGUGCAGUGUUUUGAUCACAUGUCAUGAUAAUCAACUUGGAAAUAGUUCCUUGCUCAAGCGCUCAUCAUUGCA